UUCCUGUUUGGUGGCUGCUCCAUACCAGACUGUGAUGGAGGAGCAGAGGACAGACUCAGUGACUGCAGUGUAGAACUGGAUCAGCAGCUCCUGUGGAAGACUGUACUUCCUCAGUUGUCUCAGGAAGUACAUCCUCUGCUGGGCCUUUUUGAGGAUGGAGGAGAUGUUGGUCUCCCACUUCAGGUUCUGGGAGAUGGUGGUACCCAGGAACUUGAAGAACUCCACAGUAGACACCGGGCUGUCUGAUAUGCUGAGGGGGAGCAGUGAUGACGGACGUCUCCUGAAGUCCACUGUCAUCUCUACAGUCUUGUGCGUGUUCAGCUCCAGGUUGUGCUGACUGCACCAGAGUACCAGCCGCUCCACUUCCUGCCGAGGCCCCAGCAGGAAUCAUCUGGUCUGGAUCAGCAUAGAAAUGGAUGGAUCUGCUUCUGAAAUGGGCCCCCCUGUGGGGUGUAAGAGAAAGAGCCCUGAGAGUGUCCUGAUGAAGAGAGCAGACUCCCCUGUACCCAGCUGUGUUUCCCUGAAGAGUGACGCGUCAAUGGAGCCCCCAGUCGCCUUCAGAGAGGGACCUUUUCCUACAGAUCAAAGAGACCAAAUGGAAGAUUGCAGUUCAGAUCUACAUGAUAAAUCGGGUUUAUCAUCCAUAUUGAAGUCGCUAGAGGAAAAAGCCAUGAAGUUCCUAAAGGAGGAACUGAAGACGUUUGUGAGGUACCUAGAUCAGAAUUACCCAGAAUGCUCUGAGCCUCAGCUGGAGGAGGACAAUGACCUGGACUGUGAUGGUCAGACGCAGAAGACCAGUGUUAGAGAGGUAGCUCUGAAGAUCACACUGUACGUCCUGAGGACCAUGAAGCAAAAUGAUCUUGCUGACCUGCUGGACAAGAGACAGCUCAUGCUGCAACAUCAACAGGAAAUAAAAUGUAAACUUAAGAAGCAAUUUGAGUGUGUAUUUGAAGGGAAAGCUAAGGAAGGACAGCCAACACUUCUCAGUGAGAUUUACACAGAACUCUACAUAACUGAAGGUGGGACUGGAGCAGUCAAUGAUGAACAUGAAGUGAGACAGAUUGAAGCAGCAUCCAAGAAAAGGCGAACAGAAGAUACUACAGUCAAGUGCAAUGAUAUAUUUAAACCCUUAUGUGGGCGUGAGACACCUAUCAGAACUGUACUCACUAAAGGGGUGGCAGGUAUCGGGAAAACAGUCUCUGUGCAGAAAUUUAUUCUCGACUGGGCAGAAGGAAAAGCAAACCAGGAUGUUCACUUCAUAUUUGCUCUUCCUUUCCGGGACCUGAAUUUGAUUAAGGGUGAAUACAGUCUGAUUGAACUGCUUCACCACUUUGUCCCAGAACUGAAAUCUUUUGAAUCCACUGAGCUGUUUAGGUACAAAAUCUUGUUCAUCUUUGAUGGUCUGGACGAGUGUCGCCUUCCUCUCGAUUUUCAGAACAAUGAGAGCUGGUUUGAUGUAACAAAGAAAACGUCACUGGAUGUGCUGUUGACUAACCUCAUUAAGGGGAAUCUGCUCCCAUCCGCUCUCCUCUGGAUAACCUCCCGGCCAGCAGCAGCCAAUCAGAUACCUCCUGAGUGUGUCCACCAGGUGACAGAGAUACGAGGGUUCAGUGAUGCCCAGAAGGAGGAGUAUUUCAGGAGGAGAUUUAGGGAUCAGAGCCUGGCCAGCAGGAUUAUCACACAUGUGAAAUCAUCAAGGAGCCUCUUCAUCAUGUGCCACAUACCUGUGUUCUGCUGGAUUUCAGCCACUGUGCUUAAGAGGUUUUUUAGUGAGACUGACAGGGGAGAAAUUCCAAGGACUCUGACUGAAAUGUACACACACUUCCUGAUCUUUCAGACAAGUUUAACAAAUGACAAGUAUAUGAAAAACCAUGAAACUAAGCUUAAAGAAUACAGCAAGGAAUUCCUUUUAAAACUUGGUAAACUUGCUUUUGACAACCUUGAGAAAGGCAAUCUCAUAUUUUAUGAGCAAGAUCUGACAGGGAAUGGCAUUGAUGUCAGUGAAGCUUCAGUUUACUCUGGAGUGUGCACAGAAGUCUUUAAAGAGGAGUAUGGGUUGUACCAGGAGAAGGUGUACUGCUUUGUGCAUCUGAGCAUCCAGGAGUAUCUCGCUGCUUUAUAUGUGUUUCUGUCAAACUCAUCAGCUGACCUGCUGAAGACUGCAGUGGAUCAGGCAUUAGAGAGCAAGAAUGGACACUUGGACCUCUACCUCCGCUUCCUCCUGGGCCUCUCAACAGACUCCAGUAAGACUCUGUUACAAAGGCUACUGGGGCCAACAAGAAUCAGCUCACAUACCAUUAAGAAAACAGCCCAAUACAUCAAGGAGAAAAUACAGGAGAAUUUAUCUCCAGAAAGGACCAUCAACCUGUUCCACUGUCUGACUGAACUGGGUGACAAUUCCCUAGUAGAGGAAGUACAAAGAUACCUGAAUUCAGGAAACAUUUCAGCAGAUGACCUCUCACCUGCACAGUACUCAGCUCUGGCCUUUGUGAUGCUGAUGUCAGAUGAGGAGCUGGAUGUGUUUGAUCUGAAGAAAUACAUCAGAUCAGAUGAACAGCACUGCAGGCUGCUGCCUGUGGUCAAGAACUCCAGGACAGCUCUGCUGAACAGCUGUGCUCUCAUAGAUAAACAGUGUGAAGUGCUGUCUUCAGCUCUAAGAUCAAACUCUUCCCCCCUGAGAGAGCUGGACCUGAGUGACAAUAACCUGAAGGAUUCAGGAGUGAAGCUGCUUUCUGCUGCACUGGGGGAUUUACACUGUAAACUGGAGAUACUGAGGGUUGGCCGGUGUGAAAUCACAGAGAAAUGCUGUGAGGCACUGGCUUCAGCUCUCAGAUCAAACUCCUCACCCGUGAGAGAGCUGGACCUGAGUGACAAUGACCUGCAGGACUCAGGAGUGAAGCUGCUCUCUGCUGGACUGGGGGACUUACACUGUAAACUGGAGAUACUGAGACUGUCAGGCUGUAGAGUCACAGAAGAAGGCUGUUCUUCCCUGGCUUCAGCUCUAAGGUCAAACCCCUCACACCUGAGAGAGCUGGACCUGAGCUACAAUCACCCAGGACACUCAGGAGUGAAGCUGCUCUCUGCUGUACUGGAGGAUCCCAGCUGUAAACUGGAGAAGCUGAAUGUGGAUCACGGUGGAGAGUGCAGGACCAGACCAGGCUUACAGAAAUACUCCUGCCAGCUGACGCUGGACCCCAACACAGCAAACAGACUCCUGUCUCUGUCAGGGGGGAACAGGAAGGUGACACAUGAGUGGGGGGCAGAGCAGCCAUAUCCUGAUCAUCCAGAGAGAUUUGACGGCUGGUACCAAGUUCUGUGCAGAGAGAGUCUGACUGGCCGCUGUUACUGGGAGGCUGAGUGGGAUGGAGAUGCAGUCCUGAUAGGAGUGACUUAUAAAGGGAUUGAGAGGAAAGGAGUGAGGGACUGUGGGCUUGGAUUCAAUGACAAGUCAUGGUGUCUGUACUGUGAUACUGACAGUUACUCUGUCCUGCACAGUGAUAAACAGACUCUCAUACCCAUACGGCCCUCAGGCUCCCGCAGAGUAGGAGUGUAUCUGGACUGGAGGGCUGGUGCUCUGUCCUUCUACAGAGUCUCCUCUGAUGGACUGACCCCCCUGCACAGAUUCACCUCCUCAUUCACUGAGUCCCUCUAUCCAGGGUUUCGGGUUUAUCCAAAUUCCUCAGUGUCACUGAGACGUGUUGCUGGUUCUCCUGCAAAAAGGUAAAAUCUCUGCUUUUUAACCUUUAUAAUCCUUUUUACUCUGAAAUGUACAGAACUGUGCAAAAGUCUUAGGCAGGCAAAGAAAAUGACGUUUAGAUUAUCCUCCUGUUGGUGUAAAACUAUGAUAUGAUGCCUGUCAAAGUGUGUCAGCUUCGCCAUUUCAGAACCUCUGCUAAAAUCAUCCCAGUAUUUGCAGUGACCGUCCAGUGCAGCCAUGUAUUUUUUGACUUGGCCACUAACACACCUCAUACAGCUAGUCAAUCUCUCACUGACUUUUUGAAUCGAUAUAUUUAAUUAUUUAAUUGAGCUGUUGGGGAAAUUUAACAAAAUCAUGGAACGGCUGAGGUGCCCCUGAGGAGAAGUUUGGGAACUGAAGCGGUGUUCAUCUAGCCAUCCAACUAGAUAUCAGUAACUUUUUAGGAAACAGAAGAACUUAUUAUUAGUUUUUAUUGUGUUACUCUUAAUUUGCAGACAUUCUAAUGUUAAAUUGUGUUUUUUUUUUCUAAGCCAAAGUACACUUGCUACCCAGAUAAACAGCUUUAAACAUUUCUUUGGACGGCCUAAGACUUUUGCACAGUACUGUGUGUUUUACAAAAAAUAAAUGACUGUCUUCAGUGAGCUGAAUAACAUCAAAAAUAUAGUUUAAUCAUUUUUUUCUUUGACUAAAAUGUAAUUAAAUGUAAUCCUGAUUGGGGGGGGGGGGGGGCUAUCCCCUUCUCCUGUAUAUGUACAUUUUAUAUAUUAUAUAUUUAUGUCCAUUUACUGUAUUUCCUCCCUGUACAGUGACAAUAAAGGCUUUCUGUUCUGUCCUA